UUGUUUGGAUGCAUGAACAGGGAAAGAAAUACAUGACACGGGGUGAAGAGAAAGUAAAGGGAAAGGAAGCAGCGGGGGAAGAUUUUUUUCCUUCGUUUUUUUUUUUGGGGUUUUUAAACCUCUCCUCUCUUUAGAAGGUUGUGAGCAGAGGGAAGUGAGAGAGAAGGGAGAGAGAUCAUAAGUUCACUUCACUAACAAAUGAUGGCAGGAAACCCUAACUGGUGGAACAUGCAUCCACCAUCUUAUCAUCAUCACCACCAUCAUCAGCCUCCUACCAAUUUGUUACCUCCUCCGUAUGUCGUCGGAUCUCAGAAUUCUCUCGCUGAUUGUCACGCCCAGGAACUUCCUCAGUCUUGGAGUCAACUCCUCCUGGGAGGAUUGUGCAGUGAAGAAGAUAACUACAAGUAUGGUGGGAGUCACUUUCAGGCAAAAAAGUUGGAGAACUGGGAAGAGCUACAAAUGGUGAACAACCCAUCUUUAGGUGUACACGUCGUUCAUCAUCCUCAUCCUCAGCUUGUAGAUGUAAAACAAGAGGUGUCUCAAACCAGCAGUGACAUGCUGUACAGCCAUGGAGUCCAUGAAGAGUUGUUCCUGGCACCAAGCAAUGUCAAUAAUAAGCCUGCUUGGCCAAAUAGCAGCAACGCCAUCAUGCCUGUGUCUUCUCCUACCUCAUGUGUCACCACUUUGAACAAUAACAACAGCAUGUUGGACUUCUCUAGCACCAACACUGAUAGCAACAAGAACAGCAAUAAUCAAUUGCGUCCUGAUCAUUCAUCUGAGUGUAAUAGCGCAGCCACUGGAGGGGCAUGUAAGAAGGCUAGAGUUCAUCCCUCUUCGAGCCAAUUACCUCUCAAGGUGAGGAAGGAGAAGCUAGGCGAUAGAAUAACAGCACUCCACCAGCUUGUUUCUCCUUUUGGAAAGACUGACACUGCUUCUGUCUUGUUAGAAGCCAUUGGGUAUAUCAGAUUCCUUCAGGGUCAAAUUGAGGCUCUUAGCUCUCCUUACCUGCGCAAUAAUGAAUCUGGAAAUACGAGGAAUCACCAGUCUGUUCAAGGAGAAGGGAAUUUUGCAUUUCCUGGAGACACCAGCUUGCAGGAAGACCAAGAUAAACCAAUGGAUCUGAAGAGUAGAGGCCUGUGCUUGGUUCCGGUCUCUUGCACAAUGCAAGUCGGAAACGAAAGCGGAGCCGACUAUUGGGCUCCGGGACUCGGCGGCGGCUUUUGACGGGGACCGGUCGGGACAGAGGCGACGACAUUGAUGGAGCAAGCUCCCAUGGAAUGACAUAAUAUCACGAGCAGUCACUCUGCUUAAACCUAAGGCUGACUGCUCAUGAUGCUAUGCAUUCUUAGAGUAGCAUCGACUUGAUUGUUAAUUUGUUCGGCUACAUGAUUGAUUGGAGAACUCUAGCUGUUGUAUUACUAUGAAGUUCAUGGAUGAGAAGUUGUAAUCUAGGAUGGUUUGUAGGUAGUAAUAUAUUAAUCCUUCGUUAUGAAAUGAAAAGAAAAUCCAAAUUAUGUCAC